CUGAUGCAGUUCAACUCACACUAUCUACCUCACGCUGGGCGCUGGCGGCGUGAACAAAUAUCCCUCCGAACCUUGAAGCUGAAGCGGAUUACGCGUGCUAUUCCGAGCAAGAAUCGCCUUCAAUCUCACAGCUCGCCUCAAGCCCUGGAGGAGUAGAGAGGCGCCCUGUGUGAGCGAGUGGUGGGCCAGCACGAUGGCGCUGCCCGUGACCUGUUCGACGUUUUGCCUGAAAGGAGCGGAGAAUGAGAUGGCGAGGGCUGAGCUUACUAAGGCGAUUGAGAUGUUUUGGGAACACAAUCUGCCAUCACCAAGGGAUGUGGCGGUAGAUGCCUGUGCCGAACCUGACCUCGUGGAUGCACUGAAGGUUUCUGGUUUCCCUGAGAUUCUCUUCACCAACGCAGGGAGGAUAAUACACCGUGAGAAAGUUGUCCGGUCGGCAGAGGCAUGGUCGAGGAUGAUGGCGUUCUUCUACUACAAAGCAGCAAGGCCACCGUUCUUGUGUGAAGCAGAUGGGAAGGGUCAAGAAAAGGUCCCUUUGAUGUCAUGAGAACGACGUGGAGGCUUGGCCUCGUAGUCUAGUGCCUCAAAUCGCAUCAGUGUACACUACUAGGACUAGUGUUGAAACUUUUUUUUUGAAAAUUAGUGUUGAAACUUUCGACUGUUACGGCAAAGCUCCACGACUCAGCCUCCUUGUGUAACAGCUUACAGUGCAAUGUCUGGAAAAUUCUGUCACAAGGAUUGGACAUUUGACUAUUGUAGCAUAGGUAUAAAAAUCACAUGGAUGGAGA